UGAAUUUUAAUUUCAAGAUUUCAAUUGACCAUUUCUUUCUCCUUGUUUUUCUCUAAAAACUCUACAAGGUAGAUGAACCAAUAUUCAACCAAAUUUUUUUCUUUUUUUAAAAAAAUUUAUUAUUUAAUUUCAUCUGUUUAUUUUUAUGGAGAUUCCUAAAUUAUGGAAACCUCAGGAUUUAUUUGUGAUUAAAUCACCUAAACAAUCUUUGAGAUUGGUCCUAUUAGUAUUUGCAGUGGUUUGUGGAAUUUAUAUAUUAUCAAUGUGUAUAAAUCAAACAAGUAAUUAUCUUUUACAAGCUAAAUCACUAAGUAUUCAUGUGAUUAAUAGGCAUAAUUGUCAUUAUCCUAUUUUUCAAGAAGAAGAUAUUCAUUACUUGCAUUUUCCAAAGCCUCAAACUUUUACCAGGGAGGAAUGUGCUUGCAAUCCUGUUCGAUUUUUCGCAAUUUUAUCGAUGCAAAGAUCAGGGAGUGGAUGGUUUGAGACAUUGUUAAAUAGUCAUAUGAAUGUGAGUUCUAAUGGAGAAAUUUUUGGUGCAAAAUCAAGGAGGACUAAUGCUUCAGUAAUAUUGGAAAUUAUGGAUAAUGUCUUUAAUCUUGAUUGGAUUAGUAGCUCAUCAAAGAAUGAAUGUACAGCUGCAAUUGGAUUUAAGUGGAUGCUUAAUCAGGGAGCUUUGGAGUAUCAUGAGGAGAUUGUGGAUUACUUCAACAGAAGAGGUGUCUCUGCAAUAUUUCUGUUUAGAAGAAAUCUGCUACGCAGGUUGAUCUCGUUGCUCGCUAACUCGUACGAUAAGGAUGCUAAACCGUUGAAUGGAACACACAAAUCUCAUACACAUUCUCCGUAUGAGGCUAAAGUAUUGGCAAAAUACAAGCCAGUGGUGAAUAUGUCAUUACUAAUACCAAAUUUGAGGAAUGCACAAAGGAAGGCUAAUAGAGCUUUGGAAUGUUUUAAGAGCACUAGACACAUUCUUCUUUACUAUGAAGACAUUGUUCAAAAUCACACCAAACUAGCUGAUGUUCAAGAGUUUUUGGGGCUGCCUCAAAGAGAACUCAUAAGUGGCCAAGUUAAGAUUCAUAAUGGCCCUUUGUCCCAACAAAUAGAAAAUUGGGAUGAAGUGCAAAAAAAACUCAAAGGAACACCAUAUGAUACAUUUCUUAUAAAAGACUAACUAUAUACUAAAAUAUAUAGUAAUAACCACAUACAACAUAUUUGAUAGAAAAUUGGCUAUGGAGAUUCAGCGCGGUUAGAAAUUAAUAGAGACAUAAAUUGCUUCGAUAAUGGACCAGACCUCUUGAUAGAAUUCGAAGUUGGAUGAAGUUCUAACCAUCUAUCAGAGAAAAAAGAACGGAGAUCGUAAGAUGUCCUGCUCAAUUCAAUCUUGUAAAUGAACAGACUCACUUAUCAAAUUUUGAGUUGCUCUUUUUUGUUACAUUUGCUUAUAGAACAUUUUUAUUUGUUA